AUGUCUGACGAACAAAUUGUCUUUAAUGUAGGAGGAAUAAAGUACGAAACAGCACUAUCAACAAUUCUUGCUUAUCCGGAUACUCUUCUCGGUCGGAUGAUUCAAAAACGUGCCGAUGAACUUUCUCACUCAACACAUAGCAACGAAUAUUUCAUCGAUCGCGAUGGACAUGCGUUCCGCUAUAUCUUGCAAUAUUAUAGGACAGGGAAAAUAAUAUAUCCAGACAGGCAUCAAUCUUUCGGUGUAUCGGAAAAAGAGUUACUAAUCGAAUUUGACUAUUUCCAAAUUCCCGUUCCUCGCCCCGAAGACGUCAAAGACUAUGACGAAACACAGCUUUCACGCGAAUCGGAUCAUGCUGAUAAUCAAUAUGCGAUGGCAUCAGACCAGUUCUCCCUAGAAGGUGAUUUCGAUGCAGAGAUUACCGUGCGGAGAGACAAUUGUUAUCCUCACGAUCACUUACCGAAAUACCGAAAACCGUCUUCAGAUGAAAGAGAACCUUGUAACGAUAUAAAUGAAGAGCAACAUGUACAGGAAUCUAAGCAUGAUAAUAGUCUUGUUGCCGAUAACCUGCCAACAAGUCCAAAGGGGGGUAGUGAGGUACCAGUAAUUGGCUAUUUAACUUUGGGGCGCAACUAUGUAUAUCCAAAGUACGAUACAAUUUUUGAAAAUUUGGAAACCAUUAGUACGAUGUUGGUAGAGAGUUUGGAUAAAAUAGAAGCUCCAGGAUCUUUCAUUAUUGACGAACAAACACCAAGACUGCUUUUUGUUGCUAACGCAAUAGAAAGAAAUAAACACAAGCUAGAGAAUGCGCGAGAGUAUUCUAGAUACUUGAGAAAUCUCGCCAAGUCUAAUGAGAAAAUAGGAAAGACUAUUGAAGUUCUCUACAAUAGUGGAGAGGAGGAUGUUGAAUACUUUAAAAAAGAACUCGGCGCAAUUGCUUCUAACUUUCUCGUCCGUAAAUCACUCCGGGGAGAGGAUAUUGAGCGAAUUGUAAUUAAAUAUAAUAAUUUGAUCGAUCAGACGAAUUCUAUCGUCAACCGCUUAAAGGAUGCUGGGAAAUCGAUUAACGAUUUAUCGGAACUCCGUAACGAACCGAACCAAGAAAUAGACAAAGUUUUAGCUUACAUCAGAGAGCUUGGAGACGAUCGGAGUGAGUACGUGCUUGCUGAACUUAGCAGACCGUUAGAGCAAUACAAGGCAAUCAUAAAUCACCUGAUAAAAUCCAACAAACAAAUUGAAAGAACACUUCAAACCGUGGAGAAGCUGGGAGCAUUGUUAACAGAGGAUAAAGAGAAAUUGUCGACACUUGUAGAUAGGAGUACCAUUGAACUCGGACAAGAUAAAGUCGCUUAUGUCAAUAGAGCAGCAGCACUCAUCGGAGAGAGAGCUGGACGAUUCAUGAAGAAGGAUAAAAAUAGGUUUCCCAUAAUAACUUGA